AUGGAAGCCACAGUUACACUGCACGCACUAUCUGCAGGUCAUUUCACUUUGCCUGAACAUCAGUUUGUGUCUCCAGUAGCCGAGACUGCGCGCAAGACUGUUCCAUCACUCGCGUUCUUAAUCCAGCAUCGCGAUCUGGCAACAGGACAUCUGACUCGAAUAAUCUUUGACUUGGGACUGAGAAGAGACACUACAAGAUAUCCUGCACCUCUUCAGAAACAUAUUACAACAAGAGAGCCUCUAGCGACCGAACCCGAUGUCGUCAGCAGUCUGGCAAAAGGAGGAUUAUCACCAAAUGAUAUUGAUUAUAUCAUCUACUCACAUGUUCAUUGGGAUCAUGUCGGAGAACCACGCGACUUUCCAACCUCAACAUUUUUAGUCGGAAACGGUGUAUUCGCUCUCCUGAACGGUACAACAGCAAAGUCUCGUGGCGGUCAUUCGUUCUUCGAGCAUGACCUGCUGCCGGAACGUCGAAGUGUUGAGCUUCCCGAUCCAGCUGGUAACCGACGGGACUGGCGGAAGCAACAGUCAACAAGCACGAGAGGGCUUGACAUAACGCAAGAUUGGCAGCCUUAUAAGAAUAUGCCGAAGACAUACGAUCUAUUCGGUGAUGGAAGCUUGCUCAUAGACAAAUUUGUAUAUCUCGCUGGGGAUGCCUUUCAUGAUCGCAGACUUUUGACCGGAGAGAAGGACAUUGGAAUGUGGCACGAUGCCGAAGGACAUGUCUGCUGUAUUCAUACUAACAGAGAAGCGGCAAUCGCAACUAUUAAGCGAAUCAGAGAGCUCGAGGCCCAAGGCGUGGAAGUGAUCGCCGCUCACGAUCCGGACUGGGAGAAAACGAAUGGUCAUCGAUUUUUUGGUGCCGAAUGCUAG